AUGUAUGCCAUGUGUGGUAAAAAUAUAGUGAGCCUAUCUGCUGGAAAGUACUGGACUGCAGCAGUUACAGCUACAGGUGAUGUUUACAUGUGGGAUGGGAAGAAAGGUAAGGAUAAGCCACCAGUUUCAACUCGGCUGCAUGGUGUGAAGAGGGCUACAUCAGUUUCAGUUGGCGAAACACAUUUGCUCAUUGUCGCUUCCCUCUAUCAUCCUAGCUAUCUUCCCAGCACAAUUGAGAAUUCUCAUAAGCUGAAGUUGGAUAACAGGGAUGAUGUGGGAGAGUUAAGUGAAGAGAUCUUAUUUGAGGAUAUGGAAACCAAUAAUAUGAUAUCUAGUACACAAAAUGAUAAUUCUGGGCAACAGUCUGUGCCAAGCUUAAAAAGCCUUUGCGAGAAAGUAGCAGCUGAGUAUCUUGUGGAGCCACGAAAUGCCAUACAGCUACUUGAGAUUGCUGAUUCUUUUGGAGCAAAUGAUUUGAAGAAGUAUUGUGAGGAGAUUGUCAUUCGCAACCUUGAUUAUAUUUUUACAGUUUCACCACAUUCAAUUGCCCGUGCUUCACUAGAUAUCCUGGCUAACCUUGAGAGAUUGUUAGAUCAGAGAUCAUCUGAAUCAUGGAAUCACCGUCGUCUCCCUACUCCAACUGCUACUUUCCCUGUCAUCAUUAACAGUGAGGAGGAUGAAAGUGAGAUGGAAUCUCCAAGAAUUCGCGAUGAACCCAAGAAACUGUGUUCAUUGACAUUGGAGAAAGAUCAGAACUCUUUUCUGCAGCCCAAAGAUGAUCCCAAUCAAGGAAUCUCCAAAGCAGUUCGAGCUCUAAGGAAAAAGUUGCAGCAGAUUGAAAUGCUUGAAGCUAAGCAGUCCAAUGGAUGUGUUCUUGAUGACCAGCAGAUUGCAAAGCUUGAAUCUAAGCGAACUCUUCUGACCUCGCUUAUGAAUCUAGGUGUUCCUGUUGAGACUUUACAUAAAGAAUCCUCUUCCGUACUGUCAGAAGGGAAAGGUGCUAAAAAGAGUAAAGCAUCAAAAAAACAGAGAAGGAAGAGCAUCAAAUCAAGUGUAUUGCAAACAGAAGCUGAAUCUGUUUGUUCUGGGGCUGGAGAAAUUCCUGGAACGGUGAAGGACUUGUUGGACCUUGAUAUCUUGGAGGUUUCUAACACAAAGGUGCAAGCUGACAUUUGCGAACAAACUACGGCUGCCCAAGGUGGAAAGGAGUCAGCUUUCAUUCUUCAGAAGAACGAUUCUUUAGAGAUGCCAAAAAACAAGGGACAAUCACCAAAGGUCUCUAAGAAGAAGAGCAAGAAAGGUGGUCUUUCUAUGUUUUUGAGUGGUGCUCUUGAUGAUGCUCCUAAAGAGGUGGCUCCCCCACCACCAACGCCCAAAAAUGAGGGUCCUGCAUGGGGUGGGGCCAAGUUUCUGAUGGGCUCUGCUACACUUCGUGAAAUCCAGGAUGAGCAGAGCAAAGUUAAGGGGAGUCAACCAGCUAGGAGCAAAGAUAAAGCGGAAAACGUUUCUAAUUGUGGAAGUGGAGGGAAGAUGCGACUGAGUUCAUUUCUUCCUUCCAGUCCAAUACCCGUUGCAUCAACUCGCAGUUCCCCAGUUUCUGAUGGAGAAAAAAGUACCCCAACUUGGGCUGCCUCAGGAACCCCUCCUUAUCUCUCUCGUCCAUCUCUUAGGGAUAUACAGAUGCAGCAGGGAAAGAAGCAACAAAAUAUUUCCCAUAGUCCGAAGACUAGAACAGCUGGAUUCAAUAUAGCUACCGGUCAAGGGUCACCAUCUGAUGCUUCUGGUGCUAACCGCUGGUUCAAGCCGGAAGUGGAGACGCCAUCCUCAAUUCGAUCAAUUCAGAUUGAGGAGAAGGCUAUGAAGGAUCUCAAGCGCUUCUACACCAGCGUUAAGAUUGUCAAAAAUCAGUGUUGAGGCCAUCUAUUUAUUUGCUCAGGUGGCAACAGAUACUAGUCCAUUAUUUUUGUUAAAUUUUUCCUUCCCUUUUGGUUUUACCCCAAGGACUGUAAAUUGGUCUGUACAGAUAGUUGCACUGUCCGUUCAUUUCUUUCCAAUGAGAAGUGUAGUUUCUAGCCUCUUAGCACCCUGGUCUUUCCAUUUCUGGCCAUUCUUUUUACACCCCAUCAGCACUGUAUGACUAGGAUGCUUACCUGUACUCAAUUGUAAGUGUUCCAGAAGAUGAAGACUGGUGAAUAAUGAUCCUGCACUAACAUUAGUAGCAGCAUCAAAUAGUGUAGAUUUUCAGAAUAAGAGGGCAUUUUCACUCCUAUUGAAAUAAAGACCCACCAUAGGCGUGUAGCGCCUACCUCCAAGCCCUCCUCCCCCUUGUUUGUGUUAUCUUCAAACUUCCUCCAUUUAGGUUGAGAGGCAAUGCUAAUUUCAGUUUGUGACUGUGUAAUAAUACUUUAAAGAUUUGGUCGUUUCUGCCUGCUGUUGAUUAGGCAGCGUUAGCAUUAGGAAGCAGGAACAGAGACGAGCGGUUGUGACGGAGAUAAUGUGGCAAGAUGAGUGUUAUUAUUGGAGCUACUAGCUAGAGCGAUUCUGUUACCUUUGUACUGUGAGGGAGGGUGGGCAAAAUUAGUGUUUUACACUAUUAUUGUUAAUGUUAUACAUUUUAUACUUAUUGUGGAUAAUUAUUUGGUCUACUCUAUUUUAGUACUUUUUCUCUUCAUGCUACAA